ACUUUUAUUUUGAAGACCAUAGAAAGUGCCACACAGGAAGUUUCUCAUACAAGGUCGUUUUUGACCAUGCUGAAAUUACAAGGGGCUUACACUUUUGCCGAAAAUGACACUCUCGAAUUCAGACACAGCUCUAGGUAGAAACAGGAAAAAACGGUAUAAUUAAUUUUCACAUUAGCUUGUGCUUCCACGUAUUUUGCAACGCCAGAUUCUCGUUUGUAACUUGCAAGUAGGUAUGUUGCUAUCAACGCUCAUAACAUUGACGUCUCCAGCAAGGCACAGCACCUUACUGAGACUUUGUAAACAUUGCAACCGGACAGUCACGGAAAGAUCUGUUCAUCAUCUCGCGGCAGCGAAAGGAGCAUCUCAUCAGGAAUACUGGGGACAUAGGUGUACUUCCAUCAGCGGCGGCUGUCAAAAAUCCCUAGACUUACAGUGGAAAAGACAUCAUUCGGCUGAUCACGGACAGGUUCGGGUGAGGUUUGCGCCUAGUCCAACCGGCUUCCUUCAUUUAGGAGGCCUUCGUACAGCACUCUACAACUACCUCUUUGCCAAGAAGUAUGGCGGGAGCUUCAUACUGCGCAUGGAGGACACAGACCAGAGCAGACUGGUGCCUGGGGCGGCAGAUGCCAUUGAGGACAUGUUGGAAUGGGCAGGGAUCCCUCCAGAUGAGAGUCCGCGGCGUGGCGGCCCCUGUGGGCCCUACCUGCAGUCCCAGAGGCUGGAUGGGUAUGCGGAGGCGGCCCGGGCCCUGGUGGAGACAGGCCACGCCUACCUCUGCUUCUGUUCCACGCAGCGACUGGAGCUGCUGAAGAAGGGGGCUCUGAGGAGCGGAGAGACUCCACGGUAUGACAACCGCUGCCGCCACCUGCAUCCUGACCAGCGGGCCGAGCGCCUCUCCCGUGGCGAGCCGCACGUGGUCCGGUUCCGCCUGGAUCCCGGCGUCGAGCCGUUCCAAGACCUGGUCUUCGGCCGCAACCGGCACGAGGUGUCGGAGGUGGAGGGCGACCCGGUGCUGAUGAAGGGCGACGGCUUCCCCACCUACCACCUGGCCAACGUGGUGGACGACCACCGCAUGGGCGUGACGCACGUGCUACGCGGUGCCGAGUGGCUCAUCUCCACCUCCAAGCACCUGCUGAUGUACCGGGCGCUGGGCUGGCAGCCGCCCACUUUCGGCCACCUGCCGCUGCUGCUGAACCGGGACGGCAGCAAGCUGUCCAAGAGGCAGGGUGACAUUUUCAUCCAGAGUUUCGCCCACAAGGGGGCGCUGCCCGAGGCACUGCUGGACAUGGUGACCAACUGCGGGUCGGGGUUUGAGUGGGGCAACCGCAUGGGACGUAAACUGGACGAGCUCGUCGCUGAGUUCAACGAGUCUAAGAUCACAACUCACUCUGCCCUUCUGGAUCUGGACAAACUACCAGAGUUUAACAGGAUCCACCUCUUGCACAGGAUAGAUGAUGUGGAGCGUGGUCGCCACCUAGUGGAAGAAUUGAGGGAACAUAUCAGGCAAACGUUUGGCCCACAGGUCCAGGAGCAGGAUGUCUUAAAAGAGGACUACAUCCAGCGGGUCCUUCACCUCAGAAAGGGUCACAUUUCCUCCCUGCGUGAGCUGGUGACCCCUACUUACGCGUAUCUGUGGAUCAGGCCGUCCGUAUCCCGGCAGCAGCUGGAGGAGCUGACGUCAGAGGCCCAGACCAUCACUGCUCUGGUGUUACAAUUGAUGGAGGCAGACCGUGGGAAAGCCCUGACCACGGAGGGGCUGAGCUCUGAGCUGAAGGCCGUGGCCAAGAAGGUGAAGUCCACCAAGUACAGCUCCGUCAUGAAGCUCCUCAGACUGGCACUCAGCGGACAGCAGCAAGGACCAAGUGUUGCAGAAAUGAUGGUAUCUUUAGGAAAUGGAGAAACAUGCCAACGUCUGCAAAGAGUGCUGCAACACUGAUGGGGAAGGGGAGGUGGGGGGGGACUUUGUAAAAAGUCAAGUCUGUUUCCCCCUCUGAAUGUAUGUUUUUUUGUCUUAUACUUCUGUAAACUAAUAAAUCAUUGAAUUGAAUACAUUUGGAAUAAAUGAUGUAUUGGAUCUG